UCAAGUCAAAUCAAUGUCUGUUUAUCAUGUACUCAUCUCACAGUGGACUAAAUACAAACAUUGUGGUGAUUUUCACGUCAUGAUUAGUUUCCCUUCCCUACAGGCCGCAUCGUGACGUUUUUCUGGGGCAUCGGCGUGUUGGUGGCGACCUCAACCUACACCGCGAACCUGGCGGCCUUUCUCACUGUCAGCAACGUGGACAGCUCCAUAAACUCACCUGAGGACCUCCUCACACAGAAAGAGGUAUCGUUCGGAGCCGUUGAGCCCUACGCAUCCUGGACGCAGUUCCAGACCACCCGCAUGGAGCCGUACCAUUCGCUCGGGGAGGCCAUGGAGGCCAACAAAGAUGCGGUGGUUCAGAGCAUGGCCGAAGGGCUGGAGAAAGCUCGAACCGAGAACUACGCCCUCUUCGCCGACAGUGCCGAACUGGACUAUGCCGUGAGUCGGCAGCCGUGUGACCUGAAGACGGUGGGCCGGCUGUUUUGGCAGACCGGGUUCGGCCUCUUCCUGCCCAAGGACUCCCCGUACGUGGUGGAGUUCAACAGGGCCAUCCUGCGGGCUGAGGAGCAGGGCGUCACCGGGGAGCUGGACCACAAGUGGAUCAAAAGCCAGGAAUGCGGUGGAAGUGACCAAUCCGUGCUGGGGUCGAAGGUGAUUGACCUGGAGGACAUGUUGCGCGUGUUUGUGCUGGUGUACGGCGGCAUGGGGAUCGCCUUCCUCACGCUCGUAGGAGAGUUCAUCUACGUUACCCCACGGAAAAAGGUGAACUAG